UUAAGCCCCAUUUGGCCAUUUGCCACCAACUCCAAGAAUUGGACAUGGCUACUUUCACAGUGUCCUCUGGGACUAUAAAUUCUUUAACACGAACCCUGCCAUUAACAAAAAAUACUAAACCCCAUUCCCUUUUCUCCCUUUCUAUUUCCCUCACUCUCAAAGCAUCUAAAUUUACCCUAAGAGCUUCUUCAAUGUCUUACGAUAAACAACUUGCUGCUGCUAAGAAAGCUGCUUCCCUCGCUGCUCGCCUUUGCCAAGUAAUUUUGCUGCUCAUUAUUUCAGCUUCUUUUUUGAAGAAAGUCCAAAAAGCACUGUUGCAAGCAGAUGUUCAAUCGAAGUCUGACAAAUCUCCUGUGACGGUAGCUGAUUAUGGCUCACAGGCCGUGGUUAGCGUUGUUUUGCAGAAAGAGUUGGAUUCUGCAUCAUUUUCAUUAGUGGCUGAGGAGGACUCUGGAGACCUUCGUAAAGAAGAGGGAAAAGAAACAUUACAGCGUAUCAUGAAGCUUGUCAAUGAAACGCUUACUAGUGAUGAAACAUAUGGUAAUGCUCCAUUAUCUGAAGAAGAUGUUCUUGCUGCCAUUGAUAGUGGUAGAUCUGUAGGGGGUCCUUCUGGUCAGCAUUGGGUGUUGGAUCCUAUUGAUGGUACUAAAGGGUUUGUAAGGGGAGACCAAUAUGCAAUUGCAUUGGCAUUGCUAGAUGAAGGGAAGGCGGUUUUGGGCGUCCUAGCCUGUCCAAAUCUUCCAUUAUCUUCUGUGGCCUCCCACAAUCCACAGGAUCCCCAAGAAAAAGUUGGUUGCCUCUUUUAUGCCCAAGUUGGUUCUGGAACUUACAUGCAGUCUCUUGAUGGAUCUACACCGAUAAAGGUGCAUGUAACUGAUUUAGACAAUCCCGAAGAGGCAGCUUUUUUUGAAUCUUUUGAAGCAGCACAUUCUUUGCAUGACCUAUCUAGCUCGAUAGCAAAGAAACUUGGUGUCAGAGCGCCUCCAGUUCGAAUAGACAGCCAGGCAAAGUAUGGUGCUUUGUCCCGUGGAGAUGGAGCAAUAUAUCUGCGGUUUCCUCAUAAGGGCUACCGUGAGAAAAUAUGGGAUCAUGCAGCGGGAUAUCUUGUCGUUGCAGUCCUCCUGUCAGAGCAUCUCAGGUUCAGAAGUCUCCCUCUCAAGGUUCCAACUCCUUAUUCACAUGAGAGAUCAGGUCGCCCAGUCUCCCUUUUUUGGCAGAUCAUCUGAUUGUAUACCUUGAAUUCUCUCUUGCCCAGUUUAUGUUACUCUACCACUAUGUUUUCAUUUGAAGUUGAUGAGGCAGAUACAGACAUGCGGUCUCACGGAUUUUCCAUUUAAACGGACAUUUGCACUCACUGGUUCACUUGGCAACACUCGUCACAUUACAAAGGAAAUUUUUGAAUGCGAAAUCUCAUAAAAUUGAGCUACUUUGGAUGGGCUAAAUUGGAAGAUCUGACAAAUAUAGCUACUUUGAAUCGGCCAAAUUGGUUGAUAUUUAUCUACGGGAUCUAUACACAAAUAGAUGGCCGGAUUCAUUGUAUACUUUUCCUAGCUGGUAUAUAUAUAGAUUAUACAUGAUUAUACACGGUUAUUUGGUUGGGUGGGCGGGUAUUUAGGUUAAUUCUUCUUUAUUAUUUUUAUUGCUACACAUUGUACUUUAUUCUUUUUAGGCCACUUUUUUUAAUGGUUAAGCUAGCACUUUUUUU